AGGUAUCGCGUAUAUACGAAUGAUUCAGGUACAGGAUACACUUUUAGAUAACAGUAUUUCAUUCUGUUGCAAUAUUGACGUGUAAUUUAAUGCGUUAAUGGGAGGUGAUAGUUAUUGAUAUCCUGUGCCGUGAACGCUGUAUAUAGGUUAGAAGCACAAGCAAAUGGUGUGCUUGGGGUGUGCAAAUUCGUCUUUAUACCCUCCUGCUUGUUCACUGCGGGCCCCUCUGCACCCAGGAUGUCCCUCAUCCCAGAGAAGGGGUCCAAAGGCCUGCUAGUCUAGGCACGGCGCCCACAGGGCCUGCUGCGGGCGGCGGCGAGGGCGGCGGUGCAGACGCCUCCUCAGUCAACAUGGCGGACGCGAGCGGCCAGGUGUACGCCAGCUCCGACAGCAGAGAGGACUCCAACAGCGAGGACUCGACCAAGCAGCAGCCGGGGAACAUCUUCAGAAACGAUGGCUCGUUCAUGGAGAUGUUCAAGAAGCUGCAGGAAGACCAGAAGAAGCGUGAGGACGAGCCGAAGCCCGCGCUGAAGGAGAGCCCGAGUGUGGCGGCGGCCGAUGACAGGGCCUCGCCUCACUCCUCGGCCAAGGAGCUGCCCAAGAAGACGUCACUCAGUUUUGUGGGCAAGCGACGGGGCGGGAGAAUCCUGGCCACUGGGAUGGUCAAGAAGCAGCGGAAGGAGGCGGAAAGUGAAAAGCAGCCUGAUGGUGGUAAGACUGAUGCUUGGUCUCAGUAUAUGAAUGAAGUUCGGAAAUACAAGGAACAGUCCUGUGAAGAAGAAGGGAAGAGACGACCGUUAGUGAAAUGAUUGGUGUCCAAACUUAAUUUAGUCUGUAUUUAAGAUGUAAUAUAGUUGGAUGGUCAAUCCUGUUUUGAUAUACUUUAGCUUGAAUGGUUCUGAUGGCAUGACCGUUUGGAAGAAUCAGCUGAGGCUAAAGAGGAAAAAAGACCAAAUACAAAGGACUUAUGAAUGUAUAAUCAAACCUCAUCUUAAGGGUCAGAUGCUCAAGCAAAGGGAGUAAGUUGAUAGCAUUUAGAAGUUUAAUAGUUUUCUGGUUGUCUUUUAGAGUACUAGUGAGAGAUGAUGUUGUCUAUAUGUCUCUUGGUACUAUUUUUUAGCAUCUAGGCUCUUUUGACUCUGUAAACUGAGGAUUAUUUUACUUUUGAAGAUUUGGAAUGUCUCUCAGUCUUUUACAACUUUCAUCCAUUUCACUAAACAAUUUGCUCUUCUAAUGUAAAUCAAAGAUUUACCAACAUACUGUAGAUAGUAACAUACUUAUGCAUCAGCUUUUAAUAUUAGAUGGGAACCAAGGUUGAGAAAAUAUUAAUUUCAGUCCCAACACACAUUAAACAGCAAAAGUAAUCUUUAGCAUUUGAUUGAUUACUAGUCUCACAUUUCAUUUUAGAGUGACUAAAAAAAAUUUCAUAGGUGUCACUCCAAGGUUUGAUGUGCAAGAAGUUGACAUAGCAGUUGUUUUUAAGGUUUGAUGUGUGUUUGUCCUUAAAACUGUACUUACUUUCAAAGUGACUUUUUCUCAAAGCUAUUUAUUGUAAGCGGUGAUUACAUGCAAAUGUAGUUGUAUUAGUCUUUCCCAAAUGAGGGGAUGCCUUCCAUAGAUUCCUGGCACUCUUUCUUCCAUUGCAUCGUCAUAUCCUGUAGCACAAUUCGUUCAGGUUUUUAAGGGGAUUAUGUUCGUAUGUAGUUUGGUAAAGGCAGUUGUGAAAUGGGUUUGCUUUUGGAAAGUUCUAUGAGAGAAGCACAUUUGAGAUAGGCAUUGAUAAAUACCCUUUUCUUACUUCCCCCCCUCCUUUAUAAAAACAAAAAUUGCAUGUAUUUAGUAGCAUCUGUGCUGUCCAGACCAGGUAUCAAUUUCAAUAACAGUUUUUAUUCUUUGCUUAUAUUUUAUUCAUUGGAUAAUUGAGCCAAAUAAAAUGGAUUCUCAUCGUUAUAACAUGGCCAUGACUAUAACUGUAUUUUUGAUUCUGUGUAAAUAUUCAAAGCAUAUUUUUUAGACACUAUGUCUAAGAAAUCAAAAUAUAUUGAAAAAGAAAGUUAGUAACUAACAAUAUGUGUGGGAGUUCCAAUAAAGGUAAAUUAAGAUAUUUGAAAAUACAGUAGUUAUAUUUCUAUUAGUUGGUAAUUACUAAUAAUUGUGAUCAUGUACAUUGUAAAAUACUUAUGUAAUGAGAUUUCUGUUAUUCUUGAGGAAGUGACUUGUAUUAAGAAUGAAUUUUUGAAACUGAAAAGAUUCAUCAACCUUAAGAGAAGUGAAAUGAAUGAUCUUUUUCAUUACCAGCAUUUAAGAGCUUUUUGUAAUUUUUUGCAAUAUUUAUUUUCCAAGAGCCUUACUUUCUCUGGUUAGCUGGUUAUUGCUCUCUUCCAAACAGUAACCCUUUUGUAUUUUACUUUAAAGUGUAUGUGAUAUAUACAUAUCAGCAUUUAAUUUUCAUUGCAUAUGAUGGUUGAUUCUUACUCUUAUGAUGAUUGUAUUUGCAGUUCACAUCCUAAACGAAUGGCAAUAUUAUACAGAAUUGAUAUUCUUGUUUUGUACUUUUGUUUAUUUUUUUCUUAUCAUCAUUGGAACAGUAAAAUAAUCACAAAAUUCUAUAUUAUUAGGCCUGCAUAGCCUGGAAAUUCAAAUAUCCUUGAGAAAUUGAUUUUUGAAACUAAAAGAAAGAAGCUUAGUGGUUCCCAUUCAAAGAAUCAAAGUCAACUGGAUGUCUGUAUUUUUUAUGAAACUGAAGACUUGUACAGUGUGCACAAUACAUAUCCAUUCUUUAGUACUGGUGAAAAACCAUGAGCAUAUAUAAGAUAAGAUUAUUGUGCCAACGUAUCUGUACAGCAUUUGUUUCUGUGUAAGAUCUAUGGAAAAGGGAUCUUGAAAUUUGCUUUCAGUGAGUUCCAAUGCCUGACAAACAUAUUGUGAUAUAGGCUUAUAUACUUCUGAACAGCUGAUACAUUUAUUGUGUUGUAUAUACUUUGUUACUUUUUUUAAGUAUGGCGAUAAUUAUCUCAAAACUUGUUUUGAAAUAAUAAAGCACAGGCAGGAAAAUGUGUAUUAAUUGAAGAUUAAAACUGACAUUAUUGGUGUUGAAAGGCAGAGAACAGUGAUUUGAUUGUUAUCAAAGCCUUUAGAGUAUAAAAACUUAAAUACUAUAAGGAAAAUGUUCCAAUACAGCAUUCAAAAUUUUAGAUAUGAAAUAUUGGAAAACAGCGAUAACUGGGACCUUGUAGUUCGCCUGCGUCCCAAUUAUACUGAAGUGUAGAAAUAAAACACACACACACACACACACACACACACACACACACACACACACACACACACACACACACACACACACACACACACACACACACACACACACACACACACACAUAC